GCCGUUUAUCAGCCAAAUGAACAGCAUUUUAAUGGAAGAGCUGUUCAGGAAACGUCUUUUCACUUGCACUUAUUGGGGCGAUGAGCUACUUUAAUYCAUUGCUUGGGGCCUUGCUUCUGGUCUUGACUUUUCAACAAAGCAAUGAAAGUGGACCGUAUUCCUGGGCAAGUCACGUUUGCUCGAGUCCUAAAUACUUUACUGCUUACGAAUCGUACCAUGCUUCCAAAUUAACCUACCGCCAUUAUUAUACAAGUUGUGGGUUGUGGGGAUGGUCGAGAUGCAAGAGAUCAAGGUCUUACCGGAUCUACACUCUUGGGCAAAGAUCUAUGGCAAAGCUUGAAAGCAACUACUACUGUUGUAGUGGAUGGAGAAGAAGCGGACGUUACUGCUCAAUACCAAUCUGUUCCAGUGGGUGUGCCCAUGGAUCGUGCACGUCACCAGAUACGUGCUCCUGUUAUAGAGGAUGGCAAGGAUCAAGAUGCCAGUAUGAUAAAAACGAGUGUUCUUCCAACAACGGAGGCUGCCAACAAAACUGUAUCAACUACAGUGGCUCAUACAAAUGUGCAUGCUAUCGUGGAUACACGGGAUCAAAAUCAUGUCGAGAUUUUAACGAAUGCAAUAAAUCGCCAUGUCGCUGUGCGUCGAGCACUACUGCUUGUGGAGCCAGGUGUUUAAACACAAAAGGCAGCUAUAGAUGUUCUUGUGGAACAGGCUUUAAGCUGGUUGGCAGUACAGUGUGUACAGAUACGGACGAAUGUGCAGAAAACGUUUGCCAACAAACAUGUGUAAACACUAUUGGAAGUUAUAGAUGUUCCUGUCGUCAAGGAUACCRACAAAAUGGAACAUUGUGUGAUGAUAUUGACGAAUGCAAGAAGAAUAAUGGCAAAUGUGAACAAAUUUGUAACAACACUGCUGGCUCAAGGCAAUGCGCGUGUAGAAAAGGAUAUCGCCUGGAGGAAAAUGAAAUGGCUUGCACAGAUAUUGACGAGUGUUCAGAGGACAAUCCUUGUCAUCACAAUUGCACGAACAGAAUCGGUAGUUUCACCUGUUUUUGUAGGAAGGGAUAUCAACUGAACCCCGACAACAGCACAUGUUCAGAUAUCGAUGAAUGCCAAUCGCGCAAGAUAGAUGGUCUUUUUAAUGCAAAGUAUUCCCUGUCUAACUGCGAGCAUACAUGCCUCAACACGAAAGGCAGCUACACUUGUGGGUGUCGAAGUGGAUUCGCAUUACAAAGAGACAGAAGAAGUUGUGAAGAUAUUGACGAGUGUAUGAUGGGAACCCACAAGUGCAGCCAGACAUGCAUCAAUACGCGAGGAACGUAUACAUGUAGCUGCGUCACUGGAUAUGAGCUUCAUAAGGAUGGCAAAUCCUGUAGAGCACUUCCUUGUCCGACUCUCGUACAACAACCUCAUGGAACAAUGACCUGUACUGGCAUGGCAACCAACGACAACUGCUCAUUUGCAUGUAGCCAUGGCUACUACAUGGAGGGUCCUUCCAGCAUAACCUGUAUGCCAACGUCACGAUGGAGUGGUCCACAAGCAAUAUGCAAAGCCAAGAUGUGUGACAUGAUCAAACCACCAGUCAAUGCAAUCCUGUCCCUGCCAUGUUUCAGGACUUAUGGUUCUUCCUGUACCAUGCGAUGUGCAUCUGGAUUUUAUCAUACCGGGAACAGCAAUUUAUCUUGCGUCCUCACAGCAGAUAAAAUGGGAGUGGCUUGGAAAAACAACUUUCAAUGUCAUCAUGCGAGGUCCUGCAUGCCCAACCCCUGUCGUCAUGGAGGUAAAUGUACACCACUCACAUCCAAGGAUUUUCAAUGCGACUGCUCUAACACUGGUUAUGAAGGGAAACAAUGUGAGCACGGAGUAAUAAACGUUCCAUUAUUUCCAAAGCUCAAGGAAAAUAUUCAGUCUUUGCCAUUAUCUUUUAAAGCCAAACCCUCAAAAGAAAUUCAGAUCUCUAUUCAAUCCGACGAAAAUGUGAUUGCUCAACCUUCGAAGCCGAAAUUAUUCAAAUCAAGUAACAAAGCAGACGUUACUUUAGAAUCCAAACAGCCUGGUCUGAAGGUGUUAUCAUUUUCCGUUCAUGGAGAAAGUGCAAAGGACUACAUGAAUCCUGCAGAGAGCGUUCUUUUUGUUAGCCCAGAGACUCCCAAUCAGAAAAAUAUCUUCACGCAAAUCCCACUUUUACCAGGGGAACUACCUGUUGGCUGUUACUUGAAGAGGGCUGACAUGUUCAAAUGUCCUGCGCAAUUGUCAUCAACGCAGCCAUGGAAACAAAACCCAUCAACUAGACAAAUAUCGACAAAGGGAUUAGUGCAUUUAAUCUCUAAAGAGGGACACCCCAUUCCUUUGUCUUUAAUUGGUGUAGACUUUUCAUCAAAACCUUCUGAGGGUUUUUUAAACAGAGUUAAGCAGAUAAGUCAAAUGAACAAAAACGUGAGAAUUAAAAAGAUUAACUCAAAACAUGCUUGCGAAACAACAACAUUAGAUUUACCUCAGAUAAUGGAACUUGUCGAACACGAUGUCUUUACUGCAUCUUUCUUGCGCACGUUCUCGAAAUCAACUCCACUAUGGCUGCAAAUACAAGAGAAGAAAAAUUCUAGUUCCUUUGAUUUGAGGAAUAUCUAUGCCAAUAUUGGAUCCAACUCCAAGAUUUGUUCCUCUAUCUUCAAAUCAUCGAGUGCAAUCAUGACAUAUGAGCCCAGCAUCGGAUCGAUGAUAACCCUUGAUGAAGACAUCACUUUACCUGAUGAGAGAGGCUUUUGUUAUGCAAUCGAUGUGUGUACCUCAGACGUUGGCUUCGCCUUUCCAAUUGAAAGUACAAAAACAAUCAAGUCAUCAGUACUUUUCCAAGACAUAAGAAACGCUGGCUGGGACAUUGGUCUUACUGGUGCCAUGUUUCCUGGAAAUGGAAAAGCUAUAGUUACCAUCGGGCAGAGCUUAUGGUAUGGAAGGCAGUUUGAGAAUCUUGAAUCGCAUGAAUAUAAAGUAGUGCUUAAAGGAACGAUAAAGACAAAACUAGAGAACGAAAAUACCAAGAUGUCGUUGGAUUAUCAGGGAGAAGUUUUUGUUGACACCUUCAACAUAACCGAAGUUUUGCACUAUGGAUUUGCACGGAACAUCACAGGAAUAUGGAAAGGAAAGGCAGCUCUUAACAUGACGACAACUGUCUUUAACAAACAGCUUAAUAUAGAAUUACCAUCCGAAGACGUCCUUGGAAAAUCUAUCUGGGGUGGAAGCGCCUUACGCCAGGGGAUUUCUUUGAAAUGGAAAAAAGUUCCUCGACUGCUUCAAGGUACGCCUCUUAAGACCAUGAUACGCCCAGCAAUGAACCAACCUGUCUUUGUCUCACUGGACCACCAAGUACAAGGAGGAAAACAGACAGUAAUCGUGAACUUAAAUGAUUACAAUAUCAAAUUAAUGAAAAUAGGUUUUCUAGUUUUUCAACUUAAAGGAAUUAUGAAUAACCCACAAAUGGAUGGUUUAGCGAAAAAAGAAAAUAUAAGAAGAUGGACAAAUUUUAUCGAUGAAUUGAACACUCUCGUAAGUGACAUUCGUUCUAUCAUCGGGACUCUUCCUUCCAAGAAUAAAUUAAAAUUUUCGCUUUUGAUCUCUCGUUUGCGAAACAAACUUCGCGAUACCAAAUUCCUGUGCAAAGUAAUCGAAUCAACAGCAAAGAUAAAGAUACCAACGACAGGAAGCCUCCUUGUUGCCCAAGUAAAUCAAAUAGUAAUCAGUUUUCCUGAAAUUCCCAAUCUGGUUUUCAAGCGUUCAGCAGUCUCAAAACGUUUCAAUGGUUUCAAAAUAUUAUUCCAAGGAAAAAUUUGCUCUAAACGACUUUGCUUCGAAGGCUUGAACGUAACACUAGACAGCAGUCGUUCCAAGACGGACCAAGCACCGAAUCAUUCCAGCAUUAUUGUUCAAGGAAAAGCCUUGAAGUCUUUGCAAUUAGGUAAACUUAUGUCCCUAAAUAAAGCCAAGAAAAUUUUAYUAAACGUACCAAGAGGAGAAGCAGCAAGCAUUUUAUCCUUCAAUCCAACUAUUAAUUUCAUGGGGUUAGAAAAGAGUGUCCGUUGUAAGAUAGAACAAGAUAUACUUUCUUUCAAUACAUCAGGCUUACUUUAUGGAAGACACGAGGUUUUGAUGAACGUUAGUGCAAAAACAGAGGUUUCGGACUGGUCUUUACUUAAGUAUCACGUUUCAGGGAAAAUAAAGAAGAACUCUCGUCUUCCCCAACAGCUCCAGAGAAAAGUCAAUAACCACAUUAAAGACUUAGCGCAGAAAGCAAUUCAACGAAUAGAAAAUGCGGAGAAUUCUGCCAGGGAAGCAGAACAUAAAUUUGACAGUUUUCAGAAAACACUACAAGAAAGGCAAAAGGCCCUCAAAUCGUUAGGGGAACUAAAGAAAAAGGUGAUAAAAACCAGGGCAAUGGUAGAGACAGAAUAUGAACAGGAGAAAGUUUAUGUAUAUGAUAACUAUGGCGAAGAUGUAAAUACCUUACCAGAUUGUAAACUAAAGCAAUGUAAAUGGGAAUGUUCAACAACUACACACUGCACUUAUAAAAGUGAGAAGCUAAAGUUAAACGUCGAUGAAUAUAAAUGUGAAGAAAAAGAAAGAACAGUCGUUAAAGAACGAAUCGUACGGAAAAGUGGAACAGGGUAUUAUGAGAAGAAAACGUUUGUGCUUGUUGCCAAAGGGAAUUGCGGAAAAAGGAAUUACGAAAAAAUACUCGGACCAGUUGGAGCAAUUUUAGGUACAAAAAUACCUGUACCUGUAGUCGGACAAGCUAUUGGAUAUUUGAUAGGACAUAUGGUUGGAAAAGUUCUCUCUGUUUUAGCAGAUGCAAUCUUUGGCUGCGAUCAGACUUAUGAAAUGGUUCCUGGUCCAAUGAAGAGUGUAUCAUAUACAAAAGUAUGGAAUGAGAGAAAAAGUUAUGAAUUGCAAGAAAAAGUAUUUGAUUGCACUGGCCCUUUCAAGGUAUUAAAAGUCAUAGAAAAUAGCUACGCUCCGCCAACACUAAUCUGUAUGAACGAUACCUGCAGUACAAAGAUUAUGAAUGCACAAUGUAUCAAAAGAAACAAUGCAUGUUAUAAUGAGAAGCAACUUUACAGACUGAAUAUUCCGAAUGCAAACCUAGAAUAUGAGAAAGAAAAGACCCAGGACUUUGUUCGAUUACAUCGUCUUGCUAAUAGGCUGGAAAUUGCAACCAUCGACCUUUAUAAGGCAGAAGCUAAAUACAAUAAAAUGUUAGAAGAAACCAAAAUGGCAAAAGCACAGUUGAAACAUUUAGAGCUGGCUAAAAAUCUAACUAAGGCUGUAAUACCCGAAGUGAAGGUCUUCCCGAGCACUAAAAUUGGCCUAAGGCUGUCAAGACUUCUGGAGGAAAGAACUAAUGAACGGGUAGUUUAUGUAUCAGAUUUUAUAUUUGAUUUCACCUUCACAGAGCAAACCAAAAGACAAAUACCAAUUACUAUUGCCGUGAAAUCCAUAGAUGGAAUGAAAAAGGACUUGUCUGUUUUAUUUGAUUUCGACAAGGAGGAGAUUUCACUUCACAAAAUAGUGGUAAAAGCCAUAAAAGAAUUGUACGAAGAGAAAAAAGGUGCCAGAAGGAAAAGAUCCAUUCCCGAAGAACUUUACAACAGAAUCAACAAAACUGUCGGGGACAAUCAAGAUGGAAUUCAGACUUUGAAGAAUCACGAUCUUUGCCUCGAAACCAGAAAAGCAAAUGCUUUCUAUAAAGACAUUGUAAAGUCUCUUGAAAACCUCGUUAAUGCAAGAGAGCAUGUUGAACGUGUCAACAGGAAUGACAUUGAAAAACUUACUUCUGUUUACCAAACAUUUGAAAAUGUGACAUCAAAUGGCACUCAGGAUGAAAAUGAAACCAAGACUUCGCAAGAUAUGACAAGAUCGUAUCUAGAUUAUUUAGGUUCAAUUAUUGAAAACAAGAAAAACUUUUCGAUGAUGUCAUGGAACGAGACUUUGGUCAGCUGGAGAGCAUUUCUAGAAGUUCUUACCAAAGAGGAAUCAUUUCUAAAUUGCGCAGGUGCUCAAGAUUGUCUAAUCGAUAUUGGUGAAGAUUUGGAUGAGCUUUAUCUCUAUGAAAGUGACUUUGCACGAGCAAAAAACAUAAGAAUGGGGUUGUCUAAUAUUACGGCACGUCUCAUCGACUUGAUCUCACAGAACUUUACAGUGGAGGAAAUUCGGUAUAAGCUAUGGGAUCUGCACUACCUCUUGAACCAUACAGAAGACACUAAUGUCCUCUGUGGAAGAAAACCAGAAAUUACCCUUGUAUCAUUUAGGCCUGAGGUUGUGRUAGAGAACGAGACUUUGACUUUGUUUUGUAAUGCAACCAGCGAUACAAAGGUAACUUACCAGUGGAUACACAACAAUGAAUCAGUCAUCCAAUCAGAUAAUGGUUUGUUGACUAUACGAAAGGUUAAUACAAGUCAUGCAGGCUCCUACAAGUGCAAGGCGAUAAACAGAAAAGGUUUCACUACAUCCAAUGUAACCAUUAUUUAUGUAAAAAGCAAACCAAAGAUAACAGAGCAUCCCAAUGACACUAACGUGUAUGCUAAAGAUGGGAAGGGACUUUUGUUAGUGUGUAAUGCAACAGGUGACCCUGAGCCUGAUAUCGAAUGGUUCUUCAUUUCUCAGUAUCCAAACAGCUCAGAAGUCAAGAUCUAUAAUGAUAAUGGAACUUUCUUGUACUACGAGCAACCCACCACAAAUUACUCUGGAUAUUACUAUUGUAUUGCUCGUAACAGUUAUGGACAAGUGCGGAGCAGAAAAGCAAAGGUUUGGGUGUUAGACUUGUCUCCUGGUGAACCAAGGCUAGGAGCAAGAAUUAAUGUCACCAAAACAUGUAAAAUUGAACGUAGCUUGUCUUGGUGUGGAAAAGUCCAUGCGAGAAGAGACCUCCCUCGUCUCAAGAAAGCCCUCGCCAUGUCUUUAAAUAAUCCAGUAUCUAAUGUCAAAAACAUAAACUUUGCAUCAAAUGGCUUACAGAUUGCCACUGUCAGCUUUUUGUACGCAAGCAAAAAAACAUCAAAGGAAUUCAUCAAUGAACCUCUCGUUCCAGCUGUUGAGUCGUUUGCAAGAAAACGGAAAAGGUUGGUGAAUGGUUUGCAAACCUGGUACCAAAAACUGAAAAAUGAUACAUCUCCUAUUGUAACCAAUUAUUAUGAAGUAAUCAAUGGGAAUGCGGGCAGUUUAACUGCAUGGAUUGCUCAGCUAGGAUGUUCAAUGGGGCAAGGACCUCAUUCCAAUGGAUACAUGUGCUACAACUGUCCUCCUGGAACAUAUGGGGAUGCAGAUGGUCUGUGCACUUCAUGUCCUAUCAAAACCUACCAGUAUGAACAAGGACAAACCAAGUGUAUUCCUUGUCCAUACGGAUUCAUUACCAAAAGAGAGGGAGCCUUGAGUCCUGAUGAAUGUUACGACAUGCGUCCAUCGCCACCAAAAGAACUACGAGCAACUGUAAUAAGUUCGACAAUGCUUCGGGUCAGUUGGCUUGUCCCUAAAGAAAACAGCAAGUCAAUUUCAAGUUAUUUCAUUAGAUACAGAGAGCCAAAGACUAGAUUGAAGACAGUAAGAGUACCCAAGACUGUGACCACAUGGACCUUGACACGCCUUAAGAAGUUCACCGAUUAUCACAUUGAAGUGUAUGCAGUAAACUCUUAUGGAAUUAGAGCAUCCAAGAUUAUCAUCAAAUCAGGAGAGGAUGUCCCUAAUGCGGCCCCAGUUAUUGCCCAGUGCAUUCCAGUCAGUUACGAAAAUAUGAGCGUAAUAUGGCAACCAAUACCCUUACAUGAACGUAAUGGCAUCAUCCGCGGUUAUCACAUCUACUUCAAAGAACUUACCGAGUACAAAUGGCAAGUCUAUACCACACCAACUGGGAAUCUGACCAGUGCCAUUGUUCCUGGACUGCAGGCGUAUACAGAGUACUGUGUGAAGAUAUCUCCUUUUACUAGUAAAGGAGAAUAUCCUAAAUGGAAAAAUGCACCUUGCAAGAACCUGAAAACUCCUUCUCGUCCAGUUAAAGUAUCAGGCCGUGCAUUAAGUCCAAGAGAAAUCCUUUUGAAGUUCAAAAAGCCUAGCCGGUCCAGUGCAUACAAUGCGUUUGUGGUUCACUACGGUAAACAGCAAGAUCGUUUGGAUAUAACAACAGCAUGUUACUCGUCUUCUUGUGUAAUCAGCAAUCUUCAGGAAGAUACCGUGUACUUCUUCAAGGUGCUCGAGGACAUAGCACAGGCUGGAGAAUCUGCAGCUGAGAUCCACAUAAAAACAAAGAAAAGAGGUUCCUAAUGUGGUGUCCUUAUGAAGUCACAAGCAUAACAAAAUAAAGUGCCCUGAAGAUGAACAAAUAAUCAAAAAAUUAAAUAAUCCCGGCAAAUACCAUAAGUACGAUUGCAUAAAGGAGGAAGACGAAUACUUCGGGCCAAAAUCGAAUAGUUGAAAAAUCGAAUAGUUUGGGUCAAAAUCGAAUAGUU